AUGACUUUGAGUAAUAUGACAUUAGUUAAAAUCGGAGCCGUUGGAGGUGUCGCAACAGUUACAAUGGGACUUUUGUACAAAAAUCAAAUAAAUUAUAAUGUUAAACAUACUGACUUUUACAAAGAUGCUUUAAAGACACUUAGAACACACAGAGGAGCUGUUUAUUUAUUAGGUGAACCUAUUAAAGAUAGAAUGAUUAACGUGGGAGAUGUAAAAACGAAUUUUGUUGAAGAUUAUACAGCUCAAUACAAAGUGCCAGUGAAAGGUAGCAAACAAAGCGGUUAUUUAUAUUUUUGGGCUGAAAAGGACGAUUCUAAUAAGUGGGAUGUCGUUAGAAUGGAACUAGAACUAGACAAAGAACCUAAUAAAAGGUUACUUAUCAAAUCUUCAUUUCCUCACAAUUCUUGA